AUGUCGGACUCCGAACUCGCCCCUGCCUUUGCGCCCUUCUUUGGCAUGGCUGGCAUUGCCUUUGCUAUGAUUUUUGGCUGUGUUGGAGCCGCAUUCGGCACAGCAAAGUCUGGUAUUGGUAUCGCUGGUGUCGGUACCUUCAGAUCCGACCUGAUCAUGAAGUCGCUCAUCCCCGUCGUCAUGUCCGGUAUCAUCGCCGUCUACGCCCUCGUUGUCGCCGUCUUGAUCGCUGGUGAUAUGCGCCCUCCCCCGGGUACCCACUACAGCCUGUUCACCGGCUUCAUGCACCUCGCCUGCGGUCUUUCGGUUGGCUUGACUGGUCUCGCUGCUGGGUACGCCAUCGGCAUUGUUGGCGAUAUGGGUGUGAGAUCAUACAUGCAGCAAUCACGAAUCUUUGUUGGCAUGGUUUUGAUCCUCAUUUUCGGCGAGGUCUUGGGUCUAUACGGCCGAGGCAGUUGCGACCGACCGCUUGCGACACUCCAUCGCAGGCUCCAUGCACAAACCGAUCGCCUGGUGACCUGGGGUCUAGAAUGGGCCGAGGAAACAAAUGACAGCAUUGAUGAGUCUAUUGAGCGUGCUGGCUUCACCGAGAAUGUGACCAACGUCCUAGGCAAUAUCAAGGAUAUCCUCGAGCAAGCCGACAGACUUUCAUCAUGUAGCCCCGGAUCCGACAAGGUCGUCUUUAACCAAGAUCGCUACCAAGACCUACUGCGCGACCUGACCUCCUCAGUUGAUGUUCUCUACGACCUUUCAGCAUCUCGACGAGCCAUCGCCAGAGGUACAUAUCCCAACUUGAGUGACCAUCCUCACGAUAUUGCCAAACGUGGCCUCCAUAUGCCAAAGAUUCCGUUCGAUGCUGCCAGUUUCGCCUCAUCAGAAAAGACUCUAGUUAACACGCAAUUCACGCGACCUGCUCUAUCACCUUAUGCCGGGCUACCAGCAAGCAUCAGUCCCCAGGCUUUGAUGCUACCAGCAGAUGGACCACCGCCUUACGAAUACCUCGGCAUUCCGUCGACCGCGAGGAUGAUGGGUCGAUUGAGCAAGUCCUUGGCCCCGGAAAGUGUACGAAACGUGUUCAGAGACGUCACAGAUGAAUACGUAUGGGUGAUGGUUGAAUUCGAGAACUACGACUCGCUGUAUCGCGACACUGGCGUAUCUCCACCGCUUACGAGAGUGGAGAAGCUGGCUUGCUCUCUGAAUAUGUUAUCAAACAGAGGCAAUCUCAGGCUACUUGGCUAUGUGGAGGACCCUCAGCAACCUCGUAUAGGAUUGGUCUACGACUAUCGCACCAUUCAGCCACUCCAAUCUGAGGCUAUCCGUCCAGUUACUCUUAUGAGCCUAAUAUUGACCGCCACACAAGCCAAAAGACCAGUGGAUGUGUCGAAUGCUACUCCGUUUCUGGAAGAUAGAUUCCGCAUAGCACUCCGUCUUGUGGAGAAACUGAGAGAUCUACAUGCCGAGAAUUACUUCCAUGGUAACAUACACAGCGAGAGUAUAGUGUUUCUUCAACAAGGUCAAUCUUCGCAACCCCGACAAAGCGAGCUGCACCGACCCGUCAUCUCCGCGUUCGACAUGUUCUCGAGAAACAGGAUUGAGUAUGGAGAUUCUCCAGCGAUUUCAAACAUCACGAAGCAUCCAGAAGAUACUGGAGGGGAGAUCGACGACGUUACAGCAGUGCGAUAUGAUCUUUAUCAGAUCGGUCUCGUCCUCCUAGAGAUCGGUCUUUGGAACCCCAUCAACGACUAUUUUAAGGAGAAGUACUCCCUCAAAGACUUCAAGCUCAGGCUCGAGAAGCUUUAUAUUCCCAAGCUUGCGAGCAAGUGCGGUUCGUUAUACAUGCGUGCAGUACAGACCUGCCUGAGAUGGGCCGAUAACGACGAUGUCGGACGUGUUGGCAUUGAGGCUGUUUACGAUAGCAUUAUUGUCAAGCUCCAGCGUUGCUGUCUGCUAGAUGAGACGGAACCUCUGGAGAUCAGUCAAAUUCCGGCCGGCUUUUUGCAGCCUCAGGGCAGCUCCGAAGAACUUCACACAGCGACAAAGAGGCGCCGCAACAUCUCGCCAGGACGUCUUACUACCGAAUCUCUUGAGCUGAAAGCUGCCGAGAGAGCUUCAGUCGCGUCAUAUCCAUCAGCCAUCUCAAGUUCUGUCGGACCACGUUCGCCUAUUCUCUCGAUGCUCAGUGCCAAGUCAAAUCGAUCCAACUCGACCAGUGCAGACUCUAUUAAGCACGUCUCUCAUCACACGACCCGAGCCUCGACCCACACUCCAGCAUUAGACCUAGAUCGAUCGGCUCACACCCCCAACACUCUGUCGACGUCUGGUCCAGAUCCAUUCCCUUUCUCGUUCCGUGACUAUCGUCGUAAAGUCGUGCUCAUCCAAUCACGAUGGCGUGCAAGAAAGGCCGAAGCACACCGUAACACUUACGAGGACGCUCCGCAGUACCAAUCCGACCAGAGACCAGUAGCUCCAACCAGCAGGUGUCGUCUCUUCCCGAUUUCACUUCCACAAUCUAUCGUAGAAGAGUGGCAUUCAGACAUUGGUCUUCGUUUGUCAUGCAUCAUAGAACGAGCACUUAAAGGAUCUCCGGAAUCCUCCAGCAUCGAUCUUGUCAGCGUUGGCCACGACGCCCUGACCGCGAAACCAACCAUAAUCGUGACUUGCGCAAACACGGCACGAGUCAAAGCCGCUCUGAAACGUAAAUUUCACUACGAUCGAACAAUGUUCGAUCUCAAGGUCCGCCAAGGCUGUGUGAACCUGUCGAGAGGCAAGUCCAGGAUUUGUGGCAGGGGCGAUAGCGUCAAGCGUAGUCACGCAAGAGGCGAUGGAAGUGAAAGUAACAUAACUCCAUUGAACCCCUUCUGGCAAGAACGUCCUCUUUGUGGUGCAUCUAUCGGUGCAUACUUACCUGACUACGGCCAUCUCGAGCCAGUGUCUCUCGGCGGCAUAGUCAAAGUGGACGACAAAGAGUACGGCAUGAGUGUGCAUCAUAUGCUCGAGCCUCCCACCGACGAAGAAGACUCGACCGACUCGGACUCGGAACUAGAGGAACAAGCCAAUCAAGGCGCCCAUCGAUCGAGUGCAAGGGCCUCGGGAGCGAUCCAGCCUCGCCUCGUACCAAAAGCAUCUGAUGAUCACGACUACCUGAGUGAUCUCUCCUCGGUCUCCAGCGGAGGUUCAGAUGACGAUGGCUAUGAAUCGUCAGAUUUUGAGAGCGACGUCUCGGAAACCGAGGAUGCAGGCAACAAACCUGGUAUCAGCGUCUCUUCAACCAAGAGUGUACAGGUGACCCAACCAGCCUUUGGAGAUGCGGUAGCCGAGGAUCUACACGCUGACGAUGCCACCACAGAAGAGCUAGACGAAGACCAUCUAUCCUCUUACAAGCUAGGCAAAGUUUAUGCCUCCUCUGGCCUUCGCCGUUGGAACCAAGAUGGACGACGCUUUGAGAUUGACUGGGCACUCCUCGAGCUCGAUCCUCCUCGGCUUCAACCCUACAACCUCAUUCAAGGGGGACGACGACAUUGCAAAUCUCCAGUCUCCUUUAAGCCAGACUUGAAAUCUCCAGUCUGCAGACGCAGCAACCUGUACACGGCAGACGAAGACUGGUACCCCACAGAAAUUGUCCCAGCCACCAAUCUUGCAAACCUAGAAGUACACUGUCUAGGUCGCACCUCUGGCCUCAAGACCGGCGUCAUCGGUGCAGCAAUGUCCUUUGUAAAGAUCAAAGGACGCAGAAACUUUUCCCUCAGCUGGACAGUGGUGGGUGAUUUCGGCGUCGGUGGCGACUCUGGAGCUUGGAUAGUUUCCAACAACACAGGGCAGGUCGCUGGACAUGUCCUUGCUGAACGCACGGGAUUGACGUAUAUUUGCGCCAUGAGUUUGCUGUUUCAAGAUAUACAGCAGACGUUACGGGCGUGUAGGAUUAGUCUUCCUGGCGCGGCGAGCAAGGCUGUUGUUGACUUGGAUGAUGUGGAUGUUGGUCAGGGGACGGUGUAUACAACCAUGUUGCCUACGAGGGAGAAGACGGGCUUUGAAGAUGGCAGGAAGAGAUAUUAUGUCGAGUCUGCGUCGAGGGCGAAGAGUAAGGCUGCUGAAGCGGCGAUUUCGAAGCCGAGGACUGGGUGGUGGCAGAGUGUUAGGGAUUGA